AUGCAGCGCAGAGGAGCGGGCUUGCGCGACCGUGUGAGCAUCGGAGACUGUUUUAGCUUCAAGGCGUUUUCGGUCACUAUUGCUCCUAUCCCGCAGCGGCAGCGCGCUCUAACGCCAGAAUUCGACCUCAAUUCACUGCGUGUGAUCGAUCUGAAAAAGAUCCUGCACAAACGCGGCGUCUCCAUUCCCAGAAGUGCUCGUAAGGCAGAUCUUAUCGAGCUGCUUAAAGCCCAAACAAGGGCUGUUGAGAAGGAGAAAACACAAGAGCAGACGCAUCAAAGUGAAGGAAGCGAGGACGAGACUGAAAUAAGCUCUGGGGCAGAGGACGAGCGGAAAACGGGGGACACACGGUCCUCCCCGCCAAAACACAAACCUACCACUUCUCAUGUUCCCAGCUCGAAAAUCCCCCCACCGAAGGUGACCAAGCCGCUGGCCAAGAUUCCCAAGCCCAAGCGCGUUUUGAACUUGCCGCAGACGAAAACUGCUCCUCCAGCCAAAGGAAAGCUCAAGAGCCUGGUGGGACAAAGUGUUCCACAGAAACGUAGCCUGGAAGACUCUAACGACGACGCGGACGCUACGGUGCACAAAGAGUACUCCAAGAUUCUAAAGAAGCAGACAAACCACAAACGCGUGUUCUCGUCUUCGGCACCGACCACACCUAAUAACUCAACCAUUGUGUCUCCGAAGAAAGAGACCGAUGUCAAGGUGGAAUCAACUCCCAAGAUAGACCAGAAGUCAAACUCCAAAGACGAGCACGGGACGCCGUUUAAGGAAGACAAUCAGCAAGAAGGUACUGAGAUUAUCCACACCAAGAAGGAAGCGUCUCGAUCACCACCGCCUGCAGAUACGCAGCACGACCAAUCAUUUGUGGUACCUACUCUACUCUCUUCGACGCCGAUGGUAUUCGACAGCCCGCGAAAACCAAUUCCUUCGCUCGAUGUUUCGGAUUUUGCUGCGCAGCUCGAAAAACUCUCCGGCCCCACAAAGCCCAUAGCCCUGGAUGGAUCAGAGCAAAAGACGUCGUCAAAGCCAGAAUCGCCAGAUAGCACCAAUGACGAGGAGGUGCUGACCCAGUUGCAACAUGAGAUAGAUGUCACCCAAGAACAGAUAGAGGAGAAAUCGAAACAGGCUUUGAAGUCGAUCGGGGCGCCUCCGCCGUCUAAUCUCGUCUACAGACUGGUGACUGCUUGGCUUUUGACUCUGAGUCUGAUGUACGCAUUUACGUCAUACCGCGAACAACGGAUACGAGUCGGUUUUUGUGGCUCUGAAGUAUACAGUCCGUUGUUUGAAUACGACAGAAUAGCUCAUCCGAUGAUUUCUCAUCACCUCGACAAAAUUGAAAGCAUAUUCACCCUGUCCUGCGUUCCAUGUCCCGAGCACGGACAAUGCUUCCCAUAUUCGAGAUUGUACUGCGAUCGCGAUUACACCAUUCACAAACCGUUAAAGUCGUUAUUUGGGCUGAUCCCAACAUAUCAGACCUGCGUUCUGGACUCCGUGAAAGUGAAAAAAAUCGACAAGAUGGUCAAAGUGGCCACCGACCUGCUUAAUCGGCGAAACGCCGAGUACAAGUGUGGUAGAGGCGAAGACCACGAGGUUGGGAUGGCAAUACCACACUUGCAAAACUAUAUCAUCGAGACCUUUGAUUUGAAAGACGACGAUUUCGACUAUUUGUGGGAAAAGACAUUUGCUGUGCUUAAACAGCGUCCGGAGCUCGUUAUUGGAGAAAACUUCAUUCGGUCGAAUUCGCUGUCAAAACUGUCGAUCAAAUGCAGACUUAUCAGGAUGUUCAUGGACGUGUUUGUCCGUCUUAAAUGGCAUUUGCUCGCCCUGGUGCUUUUUGCUUCCUUGAUAAAAUACAUCAGUGUCAAGUUCACCCAAUACAGGAACAAACGGAUUCUGGUAAACGACCUCACAACGAAAACCAUUGAGAAGCUACGCAAACAGGCGGAACUGUAUCGACUAGGCCAGUCGCCCCAGCCUUACAUUGGCAAGAUCCAGCUUCGUGACUACUAUCUAAUAGACGCAUCCCUGAGCCCCAAACAGAAAGCCAAGGUAUGGAACGAGGUCAGCAGACAUGUAGAGACCAACUCCAAUGUGAAAACCUACAUGAUGGAGGUUCGAGGCGAGAUGUUCAAGGUUUGGGAAUGGAUAGCUACCAUCUGAAACUGGCUGGUGCAAGGAUGCACGAUUUCGAAACAAAAAUUAGUCAAUUCUGGUUCUGGUCGAAAUUUUUUCUGGCGUACCAAGAUCUGAAAAAGAUUCCAGUGUUUCGAUUUUAGCCGUCAUGUCUUCAUUUGGAACACUAUUCAAAGUGACCACCUACGGAGAGUCGCACUGUCGUUCCGUGGGGUGUAUUGUGGACGGCGUGCCGCCCAACAUGAGUCUCACUGAGGACGACAUCCAGCCUCAGUUGUCUCGAAGACGGCCUGGCCAAUCCAAGUUGACCACGCCUAGAAACGAAAAGGACAGAGUCGAGAUCCAGUCUGGAACAGAAUUUGGCAAAACGCUCGGAACCCCCAUUGCCAUGGUUGUCAAGAACGAGGACCAAAGACCAAAGGACUACACAGAAAUGGAUGUCUUUCCCAGACCUUCGCAUGCCGAUUUCACGUACCUUUCCAAGUACGGAGUGAAGGCCUCGUCUGGAGGAGGCAGGUCUUCAGCCAGGGAGACUAUUGGCCGUGUUGCAGCAGGAGCCAUUGCUGAGAAGUUCCUCAAACAGGUGAACGACGUUGAGAUCGUGGCGUUUGUUUCUGGUGUUGGAGAGUGCCAGAUCGACCGUUCUGUGCAGAACCCGGAGUUUAUGGAGCUUUUGUCGACUAUUACUAGAGAAAGAGUCGACCAGUCUGGUCCUAUUCGUUGUCCCAUUCUUGAAAAAGCCGACGAAAUGACCCGUCUUGUCGUGGAUUGCAAGGAGCGCAACGAUUCCGUGGGCGGCAUUGUGACCUGUGUUAUACGAAAUGUGCCUAUUGGCCUUGGAGAGCCGGCUUUCGACAAGCUGGAGGCCAUGCUUGCCCAUGCGAUGCUUUCGAUUCCUGCCACCAAGGGUUUUGAAAUCGGCUCUGGUUUCGAGGGAACCAAGAUGAGAGGGUCUGAGCACAACGAUCCGUUUGUGAAGAAAGGUGGCAAGCUUGGCACCGCCACGAACAACUCGGGAGGAAUCCAGGGUGGCAUCUCCAACGGAGAAAACAUCUAUUUCAGCGUUGCUUUCAAGCCUCCAGCUACAAUUUCACAGGAACAACAGACCGCCAGCUACGAGGGAGACGAUGGUGUGCUCAAGUCUCGCGGAAGACACGAUCCUAACGUUGUUCCUCGUGCCAUUCCGAUCGUCGAGGCCAUGGCUGCACUAGUUCUUGCGGACUCGUAUCUGAUCCAGAAAUCGCGCGAGUCUACGUUUGGUUCUGUGUACUAAAAAAAAAUAAGCGUCAAUUUAUUCACUGUUCUUCGUCGUGUUCGUUGCUGGCUGUGCGUUUCCGCGGUCCAUCUGGGUCCGGGUUGGUGACUCUGAGUUUGGAACGUCGUUUCGAGCUCACCAGAAUUUGCACGUCCAAGUUCUCCAGGUCCGACUCAGGAGGAGGCAGGAAAUCCUUAGACCGGCCGGGCAUCGCCAUGAUGGGCACUCUGUUGUGAAACACCAGCGACGUUGUGCGUGCUGCUGGCGGUGGCGACGCCGGCGGAGAGCCUGAGCUCUCGCUGUGUUCGUAGAUGGUGGAGUUUGAGGUCAUUGAGCGCGAGUCUGCCACGGCCUUUAAUUUGAAAGAGUUGAGAGAGGAGUCUUCGGGAAUCAGGUGGAGCGUUGAGUUGGAUGCCUCUGCGGGCCGCAAAACAGGAAUGUUGGUGAGCCUUGGGCUGUGGCCAGAAUCGUCUAGCGUGGUGUCUGCUGUGAAGAAAGUACGGAUACUGGACUGGUACGAAAAGCUGCGUCUGAGCGAGCGGCCCAGGGAGUUCGAAAACGUGGACAGCGACCGUUUGAGCGGCGACACGGGGCUUCUGUCGGCUGGCUCGGGGUCUGUGUCCUGGUCGUGGAUGACCAUUUCGGACUCUAGCUGCCAUCUUUUGCGUUUCCAUGAGCUGAUGGAAAGAUUAUCGCCGUCGUCGUAAUUAUUGACCUUGACGUGGUUGCCGAAGUACGUGUUCUCCUUUUCCGCGCCAUGCGAGGCAAACGUUGUUGACGAGGAGUUUCCAGCCUGGUAAAACUCCAUGAUAUCCUUGAGGUCUUUUUCCUUCUGCUUUUCCGCCUCACGUGACUUGUAUUUUUUGUAGAGCCAAACUGCCACCAGGGCGACGAUUGUUGCCGCGAGGGCAGGGAUCAGCACCGACAGCGCGAUCACCAGGCUCUUGUUGGACUUGCCCGAUGUCUUUUUGGCCAGACCCGAAUAAUCGACCGACUCGAGCACCUCGAAACUCGUUGUGUUGUACAGCGUCAGGCUGUAAUUGGCACUGCCUCCAUUUACCACGACUAGCGUGUCGUAGAUCACUGCGGCGCCCACUAUGUCGUUCACGCUUAGUUGGCUGUUGUUGGCAUUGUUGGUUCUUGAGUUCGCGAGACUCACAGUGGUGUCCAGCGAGGUCCAUGACCAAGAAGACCCCACGUUCAAUCUAGCAAAGUUCGGCGAGCUGUACGAACCAGAAGAGAGACCCCCUCCCACCAUCAGCACAGAAUCGACCGAGAAGUCGCUGUAGUUGCUGCUGAGAUACUCCUGGGUGAUCAUAUUGCUUGAAAAUACAGGCAGUAACAGCGCCCCGGCCCUGGAGUUAAUGGUGUCUGAUUUAUCCACCGAUACGCUCUUGAAGCCCCACGACUCGUACUGCCACACCGCCAGCUGUUUGAGGCUUACCCAACCGCUUCCUGUUUUUCCGCCGACCAGAACAAGAGUGUUGUCGUUGAUCAGAAGCGAUGAGGACUCGUAGAAACUGGUCGGUUCCAGUGAAGACUGCGUGUCUGCUAUUUCCAGGGAGUUGAGAUCUAUUUGCACCAGUCGUCCGGAAAUUGAACCAGACGACGAGUUAUAGCCUCCAUACACAUAAACAGAGCCCGGAGAGUCAGGAGUCGCCAUAUAGGCGCUGCCCGAAAGGUACUCUAGUGGCGACUCGAAGUCCAAGUCUUUCCAUUCUUCAGUUGUCUUGUUGAACUGGGAUACUGUUAAAACAGACGAAUCGGAGGUGUUGGUUUCGUAGAAAGCGUAUAGAUUGUUGGAGACAGAUAUCACUUUGCAGUUGUCGGCCGGAAGUUUCCAAAGGUCCGUCACUGUCUGGCCAGUUUUGAACUUGGAAUUAAAGGGAAGCAAAAUCAGCGAGUCAUCAUGCUGUAUAUAGGCCGUUCGGUUAUGAUAGUUAUAGAUGGUGUCUGCGCUGGCGAGCAACGCCAGCACAAGAAGAACAAGCAUGUUCAUGGAGAAAGUUGGCAGACUGGAUUUAAUGGAAAAUAAAUUAUUUAUCUUUUACCUAAAAUGGAUUAUUUAUGUACAACAUUUCAUUAUUGCAUGAAACUAUAAAUUCGCCUCCAGUGACGAUCCGUUUGGCAAGGCAAAAGCAACAGCUGUACCUAGUCCAUCCAAUCGAAUGUCGUCCCAAAUCUCAAAAUGUUCCGUUAUUGUAGCAUAGUAUAUCCUUAGGAACCCAUAUGUAGCCUCCAAAAUGCAAAAAAAUAAAGCCAAAAGAUGCAAACCAAACCUAACUUCUUACUCCCUGUUUAUCGAUCUUCUGCCGCAAAACCUUCAAUCUAUUGCCAAUGCUGUUGAUGAACAGCUCGAUGAUCUUCUUGUCCUCUGCAUCGAGCUUCUCGUUGCCCGUGACCGGCUCCUCGUCGUUGCUCAGCAACGCCUCAAGCAUCCAGAUCGCUGUCGAGUAGCUGAGCUCACAGCCCAGCAGAUCCUCGUUCUUGAGUUCGUUCAUCGCCGCGGUGCGACUCAUCUCCAGGGCUCGAUCAAAAAUCAGCUUCUCCGCAACCACCGGCUUGUUCAGGCUUGAGCCAGACUCGCCGACGAGCUGCUCAUUCGCAUCAGCCAGCCUCAAGCGUAGAAACUCAGCCUUUUCAAGCGACUCGUUGAACCGCGACCGUAUCCACUGAACCAGGUCGUUGAGUUUUGGAGAGGUAGACGGCUUAGACGAGUUCUGAUGCCACCAGUCACUAGCAAUAGACAUAGCUUUGGCCAGAAGAGACAAAGUCUCAACAUACAAAGCCACACCUUCGCUACUGAUCGACUUCACCAUUUGUGGCGGGAACGCGUCGUUUUGAUACAUCUCGUCAUAGUCGGCAGAUCCGGGCGACGAGGAUGAUGGUGGCAACGGAAUGAGUUGGCUGAAUUUCACUUCUGCAAACAGAGAGAUGGCAUGUGCCAUGGUAGCCAAAAGCUCCAGCUGAUUGAUGACUUCUGUGUCUUCAAGCGAGGUCUCUUGGCUUGGCUUCAAAGGCCUGAGUGUCUUGGUAGCAAGAAGGUUUGUAGUCACAUUGGUUAUUGCGGAUUCAAUAGCCGCUUGUUGUGCUUGUUGAGGUUGUUGUUGCUGUUGUCCAAAUAGCCUGUUCGAGGUGUAGCCCAAGGCUUUGGUUAAGGCAUUGGUAGGACUGAUGGAUAUAGGCAUCUUGCGGUCACCCCAGCUAGGCCUUCUGUUCGAUCCUAUUGAAGAUGUGCGACUCGAGGGAGAGAAACGGCGCUGGGUCUGCGUUUCCGUUGGACCUGAUGGAUUUGCCGCGCUGUGUUCGUUGGUUCCCAAAUGAGGCGAUGGAAUGGCAACUGCGCCUGCGCCGGCUUUUGCGAGCUCGUCGGCAAUGGCAUUCACUUCCACAGUGCGUUUCUCCACGACAACGUAAUCCUUUUCGUAAACAAAAUCGUCCUUGUCUCUUCUUGCACCUUUCUUGAUCUGUCCGUCCUUGACAGUAUCCGGAGGCGGACUGCUCUUGUUGAUAAGCUUUUUGAUCACCUCGUCCUUGCCGGACCCUUCCAUCGGUCUAGGUAUUCUCAGGUCGGCCUCCUUACCAAUUAGAAGCGAAUCUGUAGGGGCCCUUUCGGCUCUCUCUUCUUCCUCCGACUCUUCCUUUAUCGUCUCCGGGGCAGGUUUUGCAGGAGGUGAAGUCUUGAGAUUAGGUAGGUACUCGCUGAUGAACAACUGUUCAUCCACGUUCGAGCACUCCAAAGGCUCGUCUGCGCAUUGAACGUCAUAUACAAUCAGCGGAUCGUUGAAGAACUCCUGGAAGCCCAUUCUCUCCGUCGGAUUGGCCUUGAGAAGACCACAGAUGAGCCUCACAAGAUCAUCCGGAACCUCUGCUGAUACGGGGAAAGUAAUUUCGUCUUUUGAUUUUUCGAUCUUCCUAAGCAAUUCCACGUGAUUUGAUGCUCGGAAAGGCGGUUUGCCAACGGACAUUUCGUAGAUAACUGCUCCGACAGACCAAAGAUCCGCCUUCGCGUUGUACUUCUCGUACCGCAAAAUUUCAGGAGCCAUAUACAAUGGCGAGCCACACAGGGUCUCAGCCAUAGACGUUGAUGGCAAAAACCGAGCAAACCCAAAAUCCGCGAUUUUCAGGACGGGUAGCUCCCACAACCCAGAAUAGCCUUUUCUCUUGAACUCCUCCUUGGAAUGCACCGGCGGCGAUAGUAAUAAGUUCUGCGGCUUGAUGUCUCUGUGCACUAGAUUUUGAUCCCUGAGAAACUCCAGUGCAGAGGCCAGCUGCUUGAGGAAGUUCACCACCAGAACCUUGUUCAGACCGUGGCUGUUGGGAGGGGAAGGGUACCUCUCCAGAAUUGAGCUGAUAAGCGGGUGGGUCUGCACCAGCUGAUCCCUCCGGCGGAUAAAGUACGACAAGUCCCCCAGCGAGCAGUAUUCCAUAAAUAGAUGAAAGUACUGGUCUGUCUUCACACAGUCCAAUAAUGCCACAAUGUGAGGGUUUUUCAGGUUCUUGAGGAUGGAUAUCUCGAUCUCCAAAUUCUCCACGAGCUUUUGGUUCUUUAGACGGCUCCUAAACACAGACUUGACCGCAACGGGCGCUUUUGUCCGGUUGUCGUAGCCCUUGUAGACAUUGGCAAAGGAGCCCCGACCAAUUUCAGGGCCAAUCGUAAAGUCACCAACGACCUGUGUUUGAUGUUUGGACAUCGGGUCGACUAAGCCUUACAAGGUGCCCUAGGUGUCUGAUUUGUGCCGUAAUAUAUCGUGUUUCGUGUAGUAAAGAGGCCAAUCAAGCGUGUCUAUAGGAUCUGCCGCGUUCUCCAGCCUAGAUUCUGCACCAAAUCCAGUUUUCAACGCGAUAAAUCAGUAUACCAAGAAUAAAGACUAACAAGGUGUGACUAAAUUGUUUUGCCCUUGAUAAGAGGGUUAAC